CACGGGGACACCCUCGGAUGGGGAGGAGGAGGAGGGCGGUCGAGGCGCGGUGGUGGGAAGCAGUGUGUCCAGGCCGACAAGGAUCUCCUUUAUGACCGGUGUCUCGCAGACCAGCGUCAGGGGGAGUCCUUCACCUCACUCUACUCGCUGCACACAUUUGAGUGGCGCAAGCCAAAUCUCCCCCUGACGCUGGUCUGCGAGACACCGGUCAUAAAGGAGAUCUUUGUCGGCCUGGACACACUGCUUCCCACCACCGCGCCUCGACCGCCCUCCUCCUCCUCCCCAUCCGAGGGUGUCCCCGUGGUUCCGCUGAUCCGCGCCGCCCUCAACCAAUUCGAGGUCCUCAACCAAACCCGCCGCGAUGGGCCUGGGGAUUGUGUUCGUCGGCGCCACCUCAUCCUCGUCAUGCUCUCGCCGUGCCUCGGCGUUGCGUCGCUUGAAGCCGAGGCCGCCGCCUUGGCCGGGGAGGCGGUGGUCGAGGAGGCGGAGUUGGCGGUGGAGGAUGGUGCUGUGGCGGCAGCGGUGGCGGCGGCGGACGAGGCUGAGGGACCCGCAGCCAGAAAGUCUCGCAAGGGCGUGCUGGCCCAGUUGCGCGAGCUGCGAGUCGCCGUCAGUGCCUUCACGCCUUGCGAGCACAAAAACCUCAUGCGGCUUGUCUCCGUGGCCCCCAGCUGA